AUGAAUCAACUUUUAUAUUUUAAUGAUAUACAAGAGAUGUAAUUUUAUGCUAAAAGAAAUCAACUAUCAUUAUUCGUAUACAAGAAGGCAAUUUAUGAUCUGACUGAUUUCAUCACAUAGCAUCCUGGAGGGUAAAUGGAGAUUAGGCAAUAUGAAAAUUAGGAUGUCUCUAAUGUUUUAUUUCAGAAGUCUAUUCACAAGCACAAACCAUACGUGAUUGCUACACUAUAAAACUACUUAAUUGGUUAUAUAGAAAGACGUAAUGAGCCAGUAGUCAGACUAAAAUCAUCUUAGUUGAUAAUUGAAAAGACUAGAAAAAUAUUACAAGACAGCACUAUACCUCAAUAAUAAUAAUAAUGCGAAGAUAUUCCAGAGGACUGUUCGAUUGAAGAGAUGCCUAUUCUUCAGACAAACAAAAAACUAUUUCAUUCUUAAAAAUCAAUUUAAAUAUAGAAAUGACUUUAGGCAUUGUAAUAUGAAUUAAUUUAUUAUC